AAAUGGCGUAAUAGAAAUAUCAACAACUCCGAGGCCGGUGAGGCCGCAAGUCGCGAGCGUGACACCCAUCUUAAAAGCCUGUGACGCACCUCAGUGAGCGAAGAGAAGGAGAUUAGUCAGUAAGACACCGUCGCUAGUGAAGCGGUUGUUUACAGAUUCAGUCGAAUCACCCACAUGGUCACCCGCGUGUUCAACCAGGGAAAGGGGUCGUGGAUCUCAAAGCGUGAUUAACGAGACCGAAGCGGAGACCGAAGCGGAGACCGAAUCAGAUAACGGCCCAGAACCGAAUCAGGAAGCAGAGUGAUGUCGGGGAGAGCGCCAGAGUCCCACUAGACCUCUGUUUAAGCGCAGGUUUCCUCAACGACGGAAUAACGCCAACGUCUCUAACCAGGAAGCGAGACCUGAUCUGGUCCGUCGGCUGAGAAUAGCGCCACCUCUCCGCCAGCACUUUUUAUAUAUAUAUAAAACACAUAUCAUUUAAAAAAAUAAAAAAUACAUAUAUAAUUUAAAAAAAAAAAAAAAAAAAGGAUGAGACUUUAGAACGGGUCCUGAGCAUAGAAGGGUUACGGCUUAUCCGCCCCUCCUUUCGCAUAGACAUGCGGCAGGACAUAUACAAUAACGCCUCGAUGAUUCAGCAAGAUCCUCUACAGGCGAUAGAAAAUGCAAUCCUCUGUCUAAAUAGGCACGAUGAUCCAUUUCUGGAAAUCGAGGCUGCUAUUCGUUCUAUAAGCACAGAAGAGGAGGAAAGAGGGCAGCACGGUGAGGGGGUAGAAGGAGGUGUGGAGGGUGAGGGGGAGGGAAUAGAGGAAGAAGUACCAGAUGGAGGGGUCGUGGGCGAAGCGGUAGAAGUACCAGAAGGAGGGGUCGUGGGCGAAGGGGUAGAAUUGGGAGGAGGGGGUGGAGGGGUUGGGAGCGGUGCUGAUAGUGAAGAGACGCAGGCAGGAGGAGGAGGAGGUGAAAGAGAAAUCAAUGUCACGACGCACGAGAAUUUUAAUACCGUAAAAAUGAGACGCAUGUUAACAAUCCCUCCACCAGGGGAUGAGCCUGAUAUCGCUACGUUUUAUCAAAACGUGAUCGGUCUCAUUCGGGAAUUGGUCGACGACGCGAGAGCCGUAGCUGGGAGGCGGGACUUGGUACAGUUAAGUGUAGAGGGUGAAAAUGUAAGAGUUCACGCGUCGGUAGUUGCCGACGGCACGGGUGAAAAUAUUCUACCCGUUUUUGAAGAUAUGCUCGAUCGGUUAGUACAGUCGAACACUUGGGUUGCGGCAAACAAAAGAGUGGAUCUGAUUGUUCAGGUGGUGCGGAACCCUAGAGGCGGGGGAAAACGUAAGUUGGAGAAAACUUUAGACUGCGAAAUCAUACGUAAAAAAAGACGUCACCUGUACGUUACAGAGGACCGCGGAGAUCAGCUUUGCUUCGCCAUCAGUCUAGCUCACGUGUGUAACGGCAGUUUCACAGACAGGCAGUGCGAGAGACAAGCUAGAGAGUGACAGCGAGCCGUCGGUCUGGACGAGCAGACACCCGUCACCUUUAGCGACGUGCGAAAAUUCGAAGACAUUUUAGAACGUAAAAUUGUAGUGUUUUACAGAACGUCUAGCACCCUCUCGCAUUUCGAAACAGAUUUCCCCGACCGUUCCCAAACUUUGUUUUUGUUUUUACUGGAUAACCAUUAUUACGGGAUAAAAAACCUCAAGGGUUUUAUAGGUACGCGAUUCGUCUGUAAUUAUUGCUACAAGGGUUUUAAUUGCUCCUAUGUGCAUUCCUGCCGGGGCUAUUGUCAUAUUUGUAACAAUGGGGAGUGUCCCAUGCAAGAGUACAAUCCUGUAGAAUGCUCGGACUGUCUCAGAAAGUGUCGUUCCCCAGCGUGUUUCGCCCGUCACAAAGAAGGUAAGAGGAACUUUGUAACGGGUAGGUCGGUCAAUCUCUGCGAGCUCGUUAAAAAAUGUGCUAGAUGCGGCCUGUGUUACAACACAGGACCGAACACCCGUGUAGGAAAUGGUCAUCGUUGCGCUAAACCGAAAUGUAGAAUCUGUGGGGAGACGUUAACGAGGGAGCUGGAAACUGACCACAGGUGUUACAUUCGCCCUCUCCCCGUGAGCGCCGACCAUCCCGAUUUGAUUUUUUAUGACUUUGAAACGUUCGCCACAGAGAACAGCGUGCACGUACCUUUUCUGGUGUAUGCGAAAACAUUGAAAGGCGAAGAGAAGUGGUUUUACAGUCAUGGGUGCGUUAAACAUUUUCUUAUGUAUUUCAGAAAUGAGCGCUACAGACGUAACGUUUUUAUAACUCACAAUGCCAAAGGGUUCGACAGCUAUCUGGUUUUGAAAGGUAUGCUGAAAGAGGGGUUAUCGCCUCGACAUAUUCUCAUGACGGGGAGUAAAAUCCUCAGUUUUGAAGACCCUCAUUAUGGGCUAAAAUUCAUAGACUCUCUGUCUUUCCUACCCAUGCGUCUUAGCGAUUUCCCAAAAGCCUUAGGUUUCACCGAUCAGACCAAGGGGUAUUUUCCUCAUAAAUUCAGCUCGGCCGAGCGUCUCGAGUACGUAGGACCCUACCCACCCGCCUCCGAUUAUGGGGUAGAACGCAUGUCGGAGUGGGAACGUCAAGAUUUUCACGAAUGGUAUGACAUGGCUGCGCGGGGCGUUUUUAACUUUAGGAAGGAAGCUCUGCAUUAUUGUAAAAACGACGUGGUUAUACUUUCCCAGGGUUGCAUGAAAUUCAGAGAUCAGUUUCUCGGAGAGAUGGGGGUGGACCCGUUCGAUUCAAUCACCAUAGCGUCAGCCUGCAUGAAAGUGUUUAUCACAAAUUAUAUGACUCCUAAGACGCUGGCCAUACCAUGCCCGUACGGUUACACCCGGGCGUGUAAAAGAUUCUCGCACGCGUCCAUCCAAUGGCUAGAAUGGAUCAUGGCGAAAGAAAAAAUCUUUAUUCAGCACGCUAUAAAUAGGGGGGAAAAACAGAUCAGUCCUUUUUUUGUAGACGGUUACGCCGAGAUUGACGGAGAAAAGUACGCGUGGGAAUAUCACGGGUGCUUUUACCACGGGUGUCCGACGUGUUUUGACCCUGCGGAGACGUGCCCGUUGAGAGGCGUCAGAUUCAGCGAAUUAUGGUUGAACAGCGAGGAGAGAGUGAGGACGUUAGAGUCCGAACAUGGCGUCCGCGUGAUGGUGGUGAGAGAACACGAGUGGCUCGAGAUGAAAAAAUCUUGCGAUCGUGUCAAAGAGUUUCUCCGUACGUUUAAUCCUCCAGAGCCUCUGGUCCCUCGCGCCGCUCUUUACAGAGGUCGAACAAGCGCUCUUAAGCUGAGACACACAGCGGGGCCUGGGGAAAAGGUGCUCUACGUUGACGUCACCUCUCUAUAUCCAUACGUUAACAGCGCAUGCUCUUAUGCCUUAGAUCACCCUACUAUCAUAUACAAAGAUUUCGGAGACCCUAGAAAUUACUUUGGUCUCAUCAGAGCCACAGUCUACCCGCCUCGUGGGCUCUUUUUCCCUGUUUUACCGUACAAAAGCAAGAGCAGUAAAUUGCUCUUUCCUCUGUGUCGCACAUGUGCAGAAUGAUGCAUGCAGAGAGACCCUUGCUCGCAUGACGAUGACGCCCGAGCAUUCACGGGUGUGUGGGUCACUGUAGAAUUUAACAAAGCCUUGGAGAUGGGCUACAGAGUGGCUAAAAUCACGGCGGUAUGGCACUUCGAUAAAAGCAGCGACUCUGUGUUCACAGGGUACGUACACGCAUUUUUAAAAGGAAAGCAGGAAGCGUCCGGUUACCCGCCCAAAGCUAAGGAUUGGGUCAGCAGGGAGAGGUACGUCAGUGAGUAUCUGGAGCGUCAGGGGGUCCGAUUAGACCCUGAAAAGAUAGAGGCGAAUCCGGCCAAGAGACAGGUGUCUAAACUCUGUCUCAAUAGUCUUUGGGGGAAGUUUGCUCA